CAACAGGCAAUGGGACGUGGAGUGUAAUUCUACUCGCGAUCUUUUUUUCCCCCUCUUGUUCUUUCUACCAUUCUACCUUCUCCUUAUUUCCCUUCUAUCUCUCCCCCCUUUCUCUGUCUUAGUGUUUCCUGGACUUAGGAGCACCCACUAACUUCAACUCCUGUCGUUCUUCGGUCCUAGCACACCGUACAUUUGCCUAAAUCCCACCUAAAGCCUCGCCGAACUCGUUGCCAGUGUUUCCAUCAUGGCCGAAGUAGAGAAGCUUUACGUUACCUACAAUGAGGUCCAUAAGCUCUGCCAGGAGUCUGCGGCGCGCAUUCUCGCCGACAUCAACCCGCAGCUGAUGAUCGCCAUCGGCGGAGGCGGCUACGUCCCUGCCCGUAUCCUUCGAUCCUUCCUCAGGCAGACGGGCCGACCCAACAUCCCCAUCCAGGCCAUCGGCCUCUCCCUCUACGAGUCCCUCCCCGAGACCACCAACAACGCCACCCCGGGCGUCCCCGAAGUCCCCGGCACGCGCGUCACCCGCACCCAAUGGCUCGACAUGUCCGCCCUCGGUGGGAUGGAGAACAUUGUCGGAAAGCGCGUCCUCAUUGUGGAUGAAGUCGACGACACGCGCACCACCCUCGAAUACGCCGUCAAGGAGCUCGAGAAAGACGUCGAGGCCGCCCGCCAGCGCCUCGGCUCCAACGAGAAGACCGAGUUUAGCAUCUUUGUCCUUCACAACAAGGACAAGCAAAAGAAGGGUUUCCUGCCAAAAGAGAUGAUUGAUUCGGGCCGCUACAUCGCCGCCCGUACCCUCGGCGACGCAUGGAUCAACUACCCAUGGGAGGCGGUUGAUAUUGACGAACACGACAGGCUAGCCGCCGAGGCCGCGAGUCGGAAUGCGAAAUAGAAAGAAGAUUAUAGGACGGGCUUUCCGUAUACGAGCCAGGCGUCAUCAGGGAGUUUGGCAGCACUUAGAUAGACGGGGAUCUAAAAGAGAGAAAAUUUCCAUCGUGCUUGGGGCAAAGGAGUAGCAUCUUCCAUGCCUGAUCACUGGGCAUAAUAGAGUUGAUGGAGGGUGAGAAAGAAGUAGACGGAAUGGAUAUCUACGACGGAUAUGAAUCGAUACCACAAAUAAUGAGAACAAGACAAAAGUCCUUUGCGUCGCUCCGUGGUUCCCAACAUUGGUAUCAUGUGGAAGCCACGAGGCCGGUCCAACUCGGGUGUACACUACAGUGGAAAAGACGUCCAGAGGGUCGGCCAAUGCCGCCAGGUCGUCUCGAACUCUCGAGGCGCACACUGAACAAAAUACCC